AUGGCGAAUACCGACAAAGAAAACAGAAAAUGGAAGACGACUAUCAUCAUAAGCACAGCGAUUCAGAAUCAUGACGUUUCCUGCUCGUUGUCAGCUCAGCAGCAUCGAAUUCGAUAUACUGACUCCGUGGAAACGGGGUCUCUGAUUUUCCCUCUCUCUGGCAUUGCAUUUCUGAUUGUGGAUACACAGGAGUUCCCUGAAAACCAAGAAGAAACUGCUGUUUUUGAAAAGAUUAAGAAUUUUAUAGGGAUUCACAGAAACAGUUUUCUUCUUUUAUUAGCUUCACUUCAUGGACCAAAAGAAUGCAGAAUAUUAUUCAGAAUUCAGCAGAGAUUUCUAACAAGUAAUCUUCGUAUCAUACCUGUCCACAACACUCCUGAGGUCAUAAAGAGCAUGCUGACUAUUGCAAAGGCAACAAGUAAACCUCAUGUAGACAGUGUUCGGGAUCAAAUGACAAUGGCAAAAGCUCAAAUUAUUGAGCGAAGUUCUGUUUGGGAAAUGCUUCGUAAUCUACAGUUAGGCUGUGAAUGAAAUCUUCUGAAAAAAAUCAAUAACUCACUAUAUUAAAUAUUGACUUGAGUGGGAUUCUAAGGACUGCAGGGGAUGCAUUGGUUGCAGA